AUGGCCGCGCUGCUCUUGGGCGCGGUGCUGCUGGUGGUUCAGCCGCAGCUCGUGCCUUCCCGUCCUGCCGCCCCAGGCACCCAGGACCCGGGGCAGCCCCGCCAGCCGGAGCUGCUGCGCAAGGCGGCCGCGCUGGUGGACGAGCCGGUCCCGGACGGCGUGGCGCCCAACGGCUCGGUGCGCCAGCUGCCGCAGACCAUCAUCAUCGGCGUGCGCAAAGGCGGCACACGCGCGCUGCUGGAGAUGCUCAGCCUGCACCCGGACGUGGCGGCGGCCGAGAACGAGGUGCACUUCUUCGACUGGGAGGAGCACUACAGCCACGGGCUGGCCUGGUACCUGAGCCAGAUGCCGCUGGCGGCGCCGCACCAGCUCACGGUGGAGAAGACGCCCGCGUACUUCACGUCGCCCAAAGUGCCUGCGCGCGUGCACAGCAUGAACCCGGCCAUCCGGCUGCUGCUCAUCCUGCGCGACCCCUCGGAGCGCGUGCUGUCCGACUACACCCAAGUGUUCUACAACCACAUGCACAAGCGCAAGCCCUACCCGGCCGUGGAGGAGGUGCUGGUGCGCGACGGCCGCCUCAACGUGGACUACAAGGCGCUCAACCGCAGCCUCUACCACGUGCACAUGCAGAACUGGCUGCGGUUCUUCCCGUUGCGCCACAUCCACAUCGUCGACGGCGACCAGCUCAUCAGGGACCCCUUCCCCGAGAUCCAGAAGGUUGAGCGCUUCCUCAAGCUGCCGCCGCAGAUCCACGCCUCGAACUUCUACUUCAACAAAACCAAGGGCUUCUACUGCCUGCGGGACAGUGGCCGGGACCGCUGCUUGCACGAGUCCAAAGGCCGGGCGCAUCCCCACGUCGACCCCAAACUGCUCCAGAAACUGCACGAGUACUUCCACGAACCAAACAAGAAGUUCUUCGAGCUGGUGGGCAGGACAUUUGACUGGCACUGA